UACCACUCCUCGAGAUUCAUCAACAAGCUGUGAUAAUUGAUGGACCCAUCAUCAGCAGUCGGUGUCGCGAGCGCCGUUGUUCAGUUUGUGGAUUUCUCCAGCAAGCUCAUCUGGGGCACGAUCAAAAUCUAUAGGGCGAAGCAGGAGAAUCGCAGGGGCGGCGAUGACUACGAUGACCUUGAAGACCUUAACGAAAGCCUUGUAGGCAUCAACGACCGGAUUCAACUUGAGCUCUCCGGAUUGAAUGAGGCAACCAUGUCUGCCAACGACUGAGUUGUCGCAAGACUGUGCAGAGAGUGCAAUCAGGUCGCGGAGGAGCUCUUCGCUGCUCUGAAGCGUCUGAAGAGCGGGAGCAGAAACCAGGCUUGGGCGAGUUUUGUCCAGGCUUUACGAACUGUGUGGAGCGAAUCCGAGAUCGAGUCUUUAAAGAAGACCCUUGAUAGCUUCCGGACACAGAUAUCUAUGCAUACCCUUGUGUCCGUGCGCGAGGAGGUAUUUUCGUUGCAGCGAAGACAAUCCUCCAAGAACGAGAAACUUGUCACCACCGUGAAGGAGACCCAAUCAGCAGUUCGGCAUUAUCUCGACCAAGUCAGCAUGUUGGAUCGCGAAUGGAAGCGGCAAGUUCUUGCAAGCUUGAACGAAACAUACAGCGAGAAGAAACGAGCGGGAGACUCAGCCCAGCUACCUGCACUGAACAUGAAAGACAAUCUCGAAACCGGAGAUAUCGAGAGCUUCAGCCAGCGACUUCUUCUCGAGUUGCAAUUCAGAGGGAUGGACUAUCGCUAUGAGAAGAUCUCAGAUGCGCACGCCAAGACUUUUGAAUGGAUCUUCCGUCCUCCUGAAAGUCCUAUCUGGUCCAACUUUGUCGAAUGGCUGACAAACAAUGAGUCCCUCUACUGGAUCACCGGGAAGCCGGCUGCUGGGAAAUCGACUCUUCUCAAGUUCGUCUACAAAGAUAAUCGUACUCAAGCUCUGCUCAGGAAAUGGGCGGCCGACAAGAAGCUGAUAGUUUCUAGCUUCUACUUCUGGCACGCCGGCGCAACUAUGCAGAUGUCACAGGAAGGAUUCGCAAGGACGCUUUUGCACUCUGCCCUUCAGCAGGCACCUGACCUGCUCCCUGCUGUGUUUCCUAACAGGUUGGAAACAUAUGUUCUCUUCGGUCACAAAACAGCCUGGGCAGCGCCGUGGACGUGGAAAGAGCUGGUAACCGCCUUCAGGCCCCUCAUCAAAGAAGCUGGCAAGACGAUGAGGCUGUUCUUUUUGGUUGACGGCCUUGACGAAUUCAAUGGCAACCACGACGAGCUAGUGGAGCUGGUCCAGAGCUUCCUAGAUCCAAAUGUGAAGAUCUGUGUCUCCAGCCGGCCGUGGAACGUCUUCGAGGAUGGAUUUCGUCAAAGGCCCAGUUUGAGAGUUGAGGACCUCACAUCACAGGAUAUUCGGCACUACGUGCGUGCCCGGUUCCUCGCUAAUCCCGGCUUCAACCAGCUCCACAUGCUCGACCCCGAGUUUGCCGACCGUCUCAUAGAGAACGUAACACAAAAAUCAAAGGGCGUCUUUAUAUGGGUGUCAUUGGUGACAGAUUCUCUCCUCGAGGGAUUGCGAGACGGAGAGCGCCUAACGGACCUUGAGGAGCGAUUGGAUUCGCUACCUCAGGAUCUCGAGUCUCUGUUUUGGGCUGUCCUUUCCAACCUCAACCCGCAGCAGAAGGCACGCACAUCUCAGAUUCUACAGAUUCUUAGAUCUUCGUUGGAUCCGAUGACUCUGUUGAUAAUGUCGUUUGCCGAUGAAGAGGAUCCGGAACUGGCGCUCAGAAUCCCUGUCGCCACCAUUCCAUUACGGCAAGCCACUGCGCAGGCCGAAAUUAUGAGAAGACGACUCAACGGCUGUUGCAAAGGCCUUAUUGAAGCAAGUCGAGGGUGCACCUCGUACUUGCCCGACGCACAAAUUGGUUAUCUUCACCGGACGGUCAAAGAUUAUUUCGAUCGCCCAGAGGUGUGGAUUGAAUUUGUCGCAAUGACUGGCCCAAAAUUCUACCCAGAUGUUAGGCUGUGCAACGCCCAACUUGCAAUGUUCAAAAUUAGUUCGUCACCACUCGUCUGCGAUAGCGCGUCUCGUAACAGAUUUUUGGAUAAAGUCGCGACUAUUAUCGAGUACGCGGUCCGGGCUGAGAAGGCUGGUGCAGGACCCCAACUCUCUCUGCUCAAAGAUUUGGACGCCGCUGCAACAAAGAGAGUCAGAGCCGAAGGCUAUUCCCGCCACUGGUCCGCUGGAUGGAUGGCUUGCGAGUACAAUCGUGACUUUGUUCAUCUGGCAGUCCAAUGCCAGCUAUGGUCGUACGUCGAGUCGGCCCUGUCAGAGCCUCUGGAUCCGCAAAUCCAACGAAAUAUAACGAAUCUUCUAUUUGUGGCAGUACACCUGUACAGUUUGUUCAAACCAACACCGACUUCGGAUAAGGAUCCCUCCUUUGAACGGUUCAAAUACGUCUUCAAGAAAAAUCCGCACAUUGGGAUUAUCAAACUAGUUUUAGAACGAGGCGCGGACCCGAACAUGAAGUUUGACAAUGCAAUAGUCAACUUCGGAAUACAAGGCUCCUUUUCCACCUGGGAAGUGAUAUGUAUGAAGACAGAACAAAGCAACUUUGAUUACACGGAAAUCUUUGGGCUCUUUCUCCAGCACGGCGCGGACCCGAAGGUCUGGCUGAAAAUAAAGGGGAAUCGAGGUUGCGUUUCGAAGCUAGCCCGCCGAAAGAGAAACGAAGCAAGACUUACCCGCGUUGUCAGCAUCUUUGGGAUGAAAGAGUACAAGAGUUGAAUAGUUAUAACCUUGGUCCAAUUCAGGGCUCAACUAUUUGAGCUAGUAAGGAAUCUCGAUCCUCUAUAGACGCCGCAUAGUUCUGAACCUAUUAAACUCUCUUAGGCUAUAGCUUGACUCAAAAGUUCUCCUAUUGACUAGGGCGCUGUAGAGCCUGCUCGGCGACAUCUGCUGACGCGAAUUUUCAAAUGUUUAGAAGUCUGUCACAAGAUCGUUCAGUAAAUAGUGACGAACUAGGAAUUUAAGCGAUUAGUUUUUAAGUAAAGUAGAAUAGUUAAUAGCUAAAAAGGCUUUUGCGU